AUGACCUACGACCAAUUUCUCAUCGUCGACUGCCCAACGGCAUACAACGUCAUCGUAAGACAGACAACACUCACCAUAGUCAAAGCCUACUUAUCCCCCCACAUGUUGCUGAUGAAAUUCCCUACCCGCAAUGGUACCGGCGUUAUCCGAGGAGACCACCUCAGCGCACGGACAUGCUAUGCGACCGCUCUGAAAUCGGUAGCUUGCAAGCCUCCAAUGGAAGCCAUGUCUGUGCAGGGACUACCGAACGGUAGCGGGCCUAUAGACGACCCAAGAGAGGAAACACCAACACCAGUAACGCAGCCUGUCUUAGAACUCGAAAAGGUAAUCCUGAAUGAGGAAUAUCCCGAUCGAUGUGUAAAGAUCAGCACCACCCUAGGUCCCGACCUACGAACGCAGUUCAUUGACUUCUUGCGGCAUCACGCGGAGGUCUUCGCCUGGUCUUACGAUGAUAUGCCCGGCAUAUCACCUGACAUCAUCAGCCACAAGCUCAGCAUCUCCCCCGUCUAUAAACCAGUCAGACAGAAGCGUCGUUCAUAUGAUGUCGAAUGGUAUGAGGCUAUGUGUACCGAAGUUGACAAGUUUAAAGCCAUCGGCUUUAUCAAGGAGGCUACGUACCCUGUCUGGCUUGCCAACUCAGUCAUGGUUCGGAAGGCCAAUGGGGGAAGGCGAAUGUGUCAAGACUAUACCAACCUGAAUAAGGCCUGUCCGAAUGACAGCUUCCCAUUGUCGAGGAUCGACCAGCUCGUUGACGCAACCGCUGGACACGAGCUGCUCAGCUUCAUGGACGCCUAUUCAGGGUACAACCAAAUUUUCGUGGACCCUGCCUAUAGCGAGCAUAAGACAUUCAUCACCGACCGUGGUUUGUACUAUUACAAUGUCACGCCUUUCGGCUUGAAGAAUGUGGGGGCAACGUAUCAACGGCUCGUCAAUCGGAUUUUUGCUAAACACAUCGGCGGCAUUAUUGAGAUGUAUGUCGACGACAUGUUGGUAAAAAGCCGAACGGCAUGGGGCAUCUGGAAAACUUAG